GUUGUUCACUGCUCUGAAGUGGUCUACUGGUUUUGAGGUGUUGGAGUUAACGACAAAGUUUCAAACUUGAAUUGUUUCUUUGAACAUUGUGUGCUUUUCUUUUACAUUAUACAACAUUCAUAACAGAUUAAUAUGUCUGGUAGAAAGAUUAAGGCCAUCUUAAUGAAUGUUCCUGAGCGAGAGUUAAUGGGUGAUAUUUUGUUGCAAGAGACCGGUGAGCCACUGCUUCCUGUUCAUGUCAAUAUUGUUAAAUUAAGGCACACGAGCGGCGGCGUUUAUGUUACUGCUGAGGACAGGGAUGAGGCCGUCAAGAAAAGACAGCUGGCUAAUGCCAAGGAACGAUUAAGAGUGAAGAGCCUGAACUCCAUGUUCUCUCACCUCAAGCGCAUAGUGCCAGUGAUGCCGCUUGGCCGCAAGCCCAGUAAAGUGGACAUGCUGAAGGCGGCCACCGAGUACAUCAGGCUACUGUCAGCUGUUCUCCGGGACACCUGUGACAGGGAAACUCCAGACAACGUCCUUGAAAGUGGAAAUGGUCUGCCAAAUACAGGCGACAGACUCUCAGGUGUUUGGACUGUGGAUGAGAUACUGGACUCCAUGUCCAGCACUGUGCCCAAUGAAGUUGAAUCUGCUCCCACAUUAGUGGUUGCUCCAGGAUUCCACUUUGAGGAUCCAAAGCCUAGUGGCUUGGUGGUGCAAUGUGUGAAAUCUACUUACCAGUACAUCGUUCAGUUCGCCCCAGUGGACCAUGCCACACUUCAACCUGCAUGUUCCACUCACCCAGACCUUACCGCUCAGCUUCAGCCCCAGAUUCAGCUUCAGCCUCAUUAGAGAGUGUGUGUGUGUGUGUGUGUGUGUGUGUGUGUGUGUGUGUGUGUGUGUGUGUGUGUGUGUGUGUGUGUGUGUGUGUGUGUGUGUGUGUGUGUGUGUGUGUGUGUGUGUGUGUGUGUGUGUGUGUGUCAUUAAUUUGAAAACUGUGUGAUAUUGCUUGCCAAUUGUGUCUGACCUGUUUGUCUCUAUACCCUGUCCUUCCAAAGUGAGGGUUUAAGGUCCUUGGGUGUUGUAUAACAGCCUUUGCUUUCACAAAUGUCAAAAGAAGCACUAUGUUUAGUAUUUAUUUAUGUUAGUAUUUAUGUUUGUAAUAUAAAUACACUGGGACAUGAGAGGGAUGUUUCUAAAUACGGGGAAGUUAUACAUUAUUUUUAAGUAGUAAUUUUGGUGGUGGAUAUAUACCUUCUUUUCUGUAGGUGGGGGGAGAACCCCAUAAUAAAUUCACUAGCAUACACAAAGUGAUGUCGCGUGUGCUUUUCUAGCAGUACACCAGAAGACCAGAUGGUGGAGCCAUUUCUAUCAUUUGUUUAGACACAGCUGCAAGGUUCUGAUAUGUAAAAUAUUCAGACUUGUCACAAAACAACUGCAUGACAGUGCAUAUCCAUUUUAUAAGCGUUGGGGCAACAAUCGCAUGAGGGGAAAGACAUAAACGUUGUCAUGAUAUUGCUGUAGCACUUUGUUGACCGGAAUGGCUUAAAGGACGGAGAAGGUGCGUGGUGGAUGUUUGGUUCAGAGAUACAUGCAGGUCAAAGCGUUGGCAGGCGUGGCGGUGGGCUGGACUAGGCUGCAAUGAACGACGACAAACACAGGAGCUGUGCUAUGAGC